UGCCAAACUCCCACUUGGAAAAACUUUGAUGAUGUGAUGUGAGGCACAAACUGAAGCUUAAGGCUAACAAAAUAUACAUUUGAAGAUGUAAUUCACAGCAAGGAAAACUUUUAUUUAGUGGUAGUCUUUAAUUUCAACCCCAGAGAACAUUUUUAAUCUUUAAGGAACUGGAGAAUGUCUUCAAAACUGAGGUGGGUUUCUUCCUGGUUACAUCAGAACCCAUGGAGUUCAACAGAGGUCUCCAGAACAAGAAGAGAAAAAUCAGACGGACUCUUGUAUGCAGACAGGCUGCUGAGUAGAGAGCGGAGGAGGCAGAGAGAGACCCCGUGAAGGCAGCGUCUAGAGAAACACAAAGUUUCGAUGGUUUUCCGAAAGUUGCCCGGUGUGUCGGCAUCGGGCAUGGGUCUGCGCCUGUCCCAGAAGUUCGUCUUCCUGCUCUUCCUCUCGGGUUUGGUCACGCUGUGUUUUGGGGCCCUUUUCUUUUUGCCCGACUCGGUGCGGCUAAAGCGCAUUUUCCUGUCCAAGACGGAGACCCCGCCGGUCACCGUCGGCUCCGGGUCCGAGAACGAUGCCAGGGAGCACUUAAAGAGACCCAAGGACCAGGAGCACCCGCGGGGCAUGACCUCGGGUAAAGGGGAGACCAGCACCAAGCUGAAGAGUCUGAGCCGCAAACCGGCCGUCUCCCGAGAGGCGACCGAGGAGCGGCUCGCCGGGGGGAAAGCGCUGGAGGAUCUGACUCUGUCCAGGUCCAGAGCGGAGUCCGCCUCGGAGAGGGCGACCGCCGCGGACCGCCACGGAGCCGACACGGAUACUUUCAGUUACGCGAAGUUCAAGCGGUGCCUGCUUAAACCCCCGCUGGGCAGAGACUACGGCAAGCCGAGCGACCCAAGCACCAACGAGCGCCGGGAGAAAGUCAAAGAGAUGAUGAAGUUUGCCUGGGACAACUACAAACUGUACGCCUGGGGGAAGAACGAGCUACGGCCUUUGACGAGGAACGGGCACUUGGGCAACAUGUUCGGUGGACUGAAAGGAGCCUCCAUCAUUGAUUCACUGGACACACUAUAUAUAAUGGGACUGAUGGACGAGUAUAAUGACGCCAAGGAGUGGGUUCAGACCAGCCUGGACCUGAACUCGAACGGCGAGGCAUCACUCUUUGAGGUGAACAUCCGUUACGUCGGCGGGUUGCUGUCGGCAUACUACCUGACAGGAGAGGAGGUGUUCAAGAAUAAAGUGUUGGAGCUGGGAGAGAAGCUGCUGCCCGCCUUCAACACGCCAACAGGAAUCCCCCGAGGAGUCAUUAACCUAGGGAGCAGUGGCACCAGUUGGAGCUGGGGCUGGGCCUCAGCCGGGAGCAGCAUCCUGGCUGAGUUCGGGACCCUUCACCUGGAAUUCGUCCACCUGUCGGAGCUCUCCGCGAAUCCCAUCUACACAGAGAAGGUGAUGAACAUCCGAAAACUGCUAAACAAGAUUGAAAAACCCCAUGGCCUGUACCCCAACUUCCUCAGUCCAGUCAGCGGCAACUGGGUCCAACAUCACGUUUCCAUCGGUGGCCUCGGGGACAGUUUCUAUGAGUAUCUGAUCAAAUCUUUCCUGAUGUCGGACAAGACGGACGGAGAUGCAAAGAAGAUGUACUACAGCGCUCUGGAGGCGAUAGAAGCCAACCUGGUACAGAAGUCACCUGGGGGUCUGACCUACAUGGCUGAGUGGAGGGGAGGGAUCCUGGAUCACAAGAUGGGCCACCUGGCCUGCUUCUCUGGGGGCAUGAUCGGCAUUGGUGCUGAUGAUGGCGUGCCGGAGAAGAGGCAACACUACCUGGACCUGGCUGCAGAGAUCACACACACAUGCCACGAGAGCUACACUCGCUCAGCCACCAAACUGGGACCUGAGGCGUUCAGAUUUGACGGCGGGGGCGAAGCCACGGCGACCAGGCUGAGCGACAGAUACUACAUCCUGAGACCAGAAGUCAUCGAGAGCUACAUGUACAUGUGGAGACUGACCCACGACCCCAAAUACAGAGAGUGGGGCUGGGAGGCCGUUGAGGCCCUGGAGCAGCACUGCAGAGUGGAGGCCGGCUUCUCCGGGAUCCGGGACGUCUACACCACGACGGCCAGUCAUGACAACAUGCAGCAGAGCUUCUUCCUCUCAGAGACGCUCAAGUAUCUGUACCUGCUCUUCUCUGACGAUGACCUUCUCCCUCUGGAGGACUGGGUCUUCAACACGGAAGCCCAUCCGCUGCCCAUCAUCCGCAAGAGCUGCCUGCAGGACGAAGCAACACAGGACAAGACAGUUACCGAAUAAGACCGAACACCACCGACAACAACUGAGACAGUUACAGACACAUUUGCACAGCUCAUGUGCACACAACAGAGUCACACAAAUAUCGCAAACACCAAUUCAAUGCAGGUUUCAGAGUCUUUUCAGGAGCGGGUCAUGGACUCUCAAUUCCUUUCCAGUAAAGGAUGUUGUCGUUUUACGCUGUGAUUGUAUAUCCUUUUUCGCCGGGGCUAAAUUCCUGCUGGCACUUCUUUUUUGUGGACAAUCAAGACAAACAUGACUUUCAUGAAAAGAGCACCUUUUUCUUUCCUUCUUUCCUCUGUGAGGAAACCAGUAUAACUUGCAGACCCAAAUGUAUGGGAGGAGGGUUGAACCAUGGGCCAUAUUGUUAGAAAGACAGAGAAACGUAUAGAAAACCACUUGAGUUUCGCUCUUUGAUUUCGUUGUUUUGUUGAUCUUUAAGUGAUGAAUGAUUUCCUUCUAUCUCGUCAUUGCAUUUCUUCCUUUGUGAGUACACUCUUUGACCAAAGGUUUCUUUGCAUUUCUAUUUUCCCUCUUUUCCAAGUACCGGUAAUGUGUUUUUUGGUGAGAUUUGAAAGAAAGUUAAAAAAAAUAAUAAUUUGCUGUAAGGAAUCGAAUUGUAAUGAAUUUUGAUUAAUGUACAGAAACAUGAAAUGUGAUUCCUCCAGUCCGCCUCCGAAACUAAUGUUGAUGUCAUGUUUCUUAUCGAAACAAGCUUGAAUGAAACUUUUUUUCCAGUGAGGAGGAGGAGGAGGAGGAGGAGGAGGAGGAGGUGGUGUCAGGACGGUGGCAGUGUCUUAUCCAUCCAGGGACCAUUUAUUAAAAGACUGAUGAUGUUGGGUUGUGUUUCCACUGUGCGCUUGGGGUUGUUUUGUGACCAGGACAAUGAUUUUCUCAGUCUCUCUCUCUCUCUCAGCCUUUUUUCAAAUCAGAAGCUACAAAUGGAGUGCUGUCAGCGCUGUGGUUGAAAUACACGCAUAAAGAAAAAAAAACCAACAACAAAACAGCGCAUUCGCUAGCCGGCUCCAAAUGGGUUUUCCUGUUUUCUGUUGUAGUUUUUCUUUUCUCUGCUUCACCCUGCCUUUACAUGUGAGUCCAUUCGGCUGCCGACACUGAUGUUAAAAGCUGCAACGGAGAGCCGACGGCGCAGACGAGUUUCCAUCCUUCACCACUGUUCUUUUCAUCACUGCUGUCCUGCACAGUUGUGGAGCGAAUGUGUUGUACAUACAGAUGUGAAGCGAGUGACCCCUGUAUGAGCUUGUCUUGACUUUAGUUUGUGAUCUUUCUUUUUUUUUUUCUUCUUUUUUUUUCUUCUAAACUUCAGUGGUUAUUUUUUUUUUUUCUGGGUUCUCUUUUGAUUUGCUUCCCUCAGGUGUUUCAGUAAAAAAAAAAAAAAAAAGAAGAAGAAGAAAAAAAAACUAAACAGUUCUGAUUUUAAGUCUAGUUAUUGCUGAUAUUAAUUAUUGUUAUUACUUAUUCUUACUGUUUGAUUUAACUUUCAUUGUUGAAUAUUUUUCAAAUACUGAUAAAAAAAAAGACCUGUGCAACUUUGUACAUUUAAAACAA